GAUUUAAGCAUAGGAAAGAAGAUAAGGCACAAGAGACGCAGAAAGAGGAAGAAAAGAAAAAGGAGUGGAAGUGGAGCUCUUUACGUGGUUUUCUUUCUCUAACUCUCCUCAACUCUCAACUCUAUUCUACUCAUGAAGUUUCUCCCUUUCUUCUUCUUCAUCUUCUUCUUAUGUUAAGCAUGGCAGCAGAACCCGCUUUUGUAAGAAAAUCAACUGCUUCAGCCACAUUGCUAACUUCAAAAUGCAGUAAACAAUUCAAACGCAAGACUUGCUCUUCUUAUAUUCAACUCCCUUUACUUUAUUCUGCUGCCAGAGCUUCAUAUUCAAUCGAUGAUGACAAGAACAAGGUCUACAAACAACUGGGAUUAUUUGCAUUGAAAAGGAAGAUUGAAGAGGCUGUUUUGAGAGCUGAAAUGCUGGCCCCUGCUGCACUUGAACGUGAAGAAGCAAAACGAAAUAAACAGGAAGAAAUGAUAAGAGCUUAUGACCUUUGGGAUGAUCCAGCUAAAUCUGAUGUCAUUCUUGCCAAAUUGGCUGAUAGUGCAAAAAUUGUUGAUGCCCUUAAGGAUUUAACAUAUAAGGCUGAAGAGGCAAAGUUAAUAACUCAAUUGGCUGAGAUAGAUGCUAUCAAUUAUGGGCUUUUUAAGCAAGCAUAUAGUGCUUCUUUAGAUGUAAGCAAGAUUUUGGAUCAGUAUGAGAUGUCCAAGCUUCUAAAGGGGCCAUAUGACAUUGAGGGAGCAUGUGUAGUUAUUAAAGCUGGAUCUGAAGCUCACUCUGAGAUAUGGGCAAGUCAACUGUUGAGAAUGUAUACGAAAUGGGGCAAAAAACAAGGACGAAAAGGGAGAGUGGUCGACAAGCGUCGUUCGAUGAAUGGUGGGAUUAAGUCAGCAACUAUAGAAUUUGAAUUUAAGUAUGCAUAUGGAUAUCUUUCAGGAGAAAGGGGUGUCCACUUCAUGAUUAGAGGUCUUAAUGAGAGUAGCUCAGCAAGCGUAGACGUUGUUCCCCUGUUCCUUGAAAACAGUUACAACCUUCAAAUUGACGAAACCGAUUUGAAUAUCACAUCCUCCUCCAUGCUUGAAGAAGAACAUAGUAGAACUAGACCUUCAGUCUGCAUUCAGCACAUCCCAACUGGCAUAAGUGUCCAAUCAGCAGGUUCCUGGUCCCCAAAUAUUGUAAAGUUAGGCGGGCGAUCAUAUCAGCAUUUUCAGUGCCAUUAGUUUCUGUAUUAUGCUUCAAUCCACUUCUUCAUUUGCAGGGGAGAGAAACCAAUUCUCGAAUCGAAUCAAAGCCCUUAAUCGGUUGAUGGCAAAGCUUCUUGUGAUUGCAUGGGAACAAGGAGUGUCCGAUGUAAGUGACAUCGAUAGUGAGGCCAUUGUGGAUGUCUGGCAAAAGGAGACUAGGAAGUACAAGUCUCAACCCCAUAAGCUAGUAGAGGAUCUAAAAACCGGUAUCCAACUUCCCGGUCUAAAUUAUGUAUUAGAUGGAAAUCUUGAACCUUUCAUUGGGGCUCUUAUAAUUUUAAGACAGUCAACUGAUAAGUUUUAGUUGAGUUUGCUUGCACAUAGUUCAUCUUUUGAGCUUCCAUGGAAAUUGCACUAAUUUUGUUCAAAACCCGUUAGAAAAAUAACAUCUCAACAACAAAAGGCGCUAAUUAUGGUACGGCCAAGAAUGGAAUGGCAAAUGAAUUUGUUUGCUGAUUCAA